CGUGCUGGAGCACCUGGCAACAGAAUUGUUUCAUGGCUGCUUCCAUACAAACGCUUACAAAAAAUGGAAUUUACAUUAAUGUGACUUUGAAUACGGGACUUUUUGUAAUUGACAGUCAUUUUCACAGACGCUUAUAGUAAUGGCGUCUAUUUUAAGAAGCGCGGCUGCCGCCGUGAAUAACAAAGGCAUGCCAAGUUCGUUUUAUAGCAAAGAUAAACCAAACCCAGUAUUUCAGUCUCUUGAUAAAGAAAUAAGACAGUUUAUGGGCUUCAUCAAGAAGAGAAAUACACAGGGAUAUCAAAAACCAAAUGAGGAAGCUCAGUCUCGAUCAGCAGACACAUUAUUUGAAAUAUGGAACAAGUAUGAGCCAAGACUUCCAAAGGCGUACUAUCAAGAGAAGUUGCUUGAAGUGGGAGAUUUUCUUAUGUCUGCAAAGGAAUACAGUCUGGCUCUAUGGCAGUGCUAUGACAGAUAUUUGAUGCAUUUUGGUGACAUCAAUGUUGUUGAAAUCUCUGAUAUAGAUACAUUCAAAUCAACUUUCUUCAAGAAUGGUUUUGAUGGAGAUAGUGCUGGACUUACUUUUCGUGCCCUGAUGGGAAAGUGUAUCAGCAUGUAUCAAGUUGUACGAUCUUCAGACCCAAAAUUACAGAAUGCACAGAAUGUUGUAAACUGUGUACAGAUACUUACCUUUCUGAGGCUGGUCACUCAAGUCAUCCUGCCUAUAGAAAAACUCUGUUGGCUAGUCUAUAAUGGUACUAUCCAUAUAUACAGUAUAUCGCGAUAUCUGAUGUCCCUGGGUCACUCGGCCAAGGUUCUAGAGUAUUUGAUAUGGGCUUGUAUGUGUAUGGAGACAUCUGUACCUCUCCUUACAGUCAAAUAUCUUUCCUGGAGAUCUACACUCUAUACAGCCGUAUGCCAGGCCUAUUUUGACUGUAAGGCAACAGAACAUGCUGAGAGUUUUGCAAGACGAGGACUGUCAAAGAUCCAGGAGUUAAGUCAACUGGAAUCAAUGAGCAAUGCCGAGGAUUCACCCGAGAGAGAAGUAGCUUUCAGACAAGCUACUAUCAAGAUGGCCAUAAUGGUGUUCCGUAGAUCUGUCUAUGAAACACGAAGAAGACCCAAAGGUUUACUGAGACCAAAAACAAGGGCUAAUCUCAAAGAUGCUCAGAAUUUACAAUGGCCUCGGACUCCCAGUGAGAAGUUACUUCAUGACAUGUUUGAGGGAAGCUCCACACAGCUGUUGUGUAUUCUAGAGGCCCUGAAUGACACAAAUAGGAGAAUUCUCAUUACCUCACCCCCAGCACCAGACUCUGAGGUUGAGAUACUUGAUGUGUAUGCUGAACUUUUCAUGGCUGCACAAGAAAUAUUGGCAGGUGGAGGUGGCGUCCGAGCAGCUAUGCCAAAACCUACAAGUCCUGUAGGUGUGGUUGGCCUAGCUGGUAUUGUACCCAGCAAGUCACUCAUGGAAAUGGCGUCUAAAGGUGAAGAUGGAGCGACAGUUGAAGGGGCUAUCAAGAUUGUGAAGUAUGCAUUCUGCUAUGAACAAUGGGAUGUGUUUGAAGUGCUCAGUGACACAGUUCUCACCUAUCUCAGGAUAAUUGGUGAUGAUCGUUAUGUGUGGGAUGAGAAAUGUCUCCAGAUUUUGUCCGCAAUGGAGAAGAUAAUGAGCAGUAAGAAGAAUAGACGGACAGCGUUAUCCAUGGCAGAAGAAGAUCAGGUGGAUCAUGAACUUGCACCUUCAGUUCUUGCCCAGUCAACUAGAUCAGUGAACCUGAAUGAUGAGAUGAUAUUACUUGCUGAUAUCCUGAUGUCAGUCAUUUCUGGACCUUUCACUCCUGAGACUAUAGAGGUGGAUGUGAUAGUUGAUGCCGCUUUGUUUCUGUGGAACAAAUGUAAAGCAGUGUUCCAGAAAUACCAGACUGGAUCUGUAGAUAACCCAAAAUACUUGAGCAAAAUGGAGAACCCAACUAAAUGGGUAUAUAUUCUGGAUGUUGUUCAUCAGCUGUUGUGCUGGUGUGGAAUCAGCAGUGUAGAUCCAGCCCUGACAGCAGAGGUUGUGCUGCGGCUUGGGCUCGUACUAGAAAGUAGUGCACAUCUGGACCAGAUAGAAGCUAGAAAACUGUUUACUAACUGGAGAAGAACUCCUUCAUCAAAGAAAUGUGAUGACUCAACUUCCCCAUGCUCCACCACUGGGGAGACAGAUGGUCGUUCCCCGUUGAAGGAUUCCUCAAUGUCAGACCUAGGUAUGGUGCAGGACGGGAGCCAGCAUGUCAGUCGUACCUCAAUGCUCUCAUCUUCUCUUCUCAAUGUUAAUCCAAGGAACCAGCUACUUCAGGCGCGAGAUAUACUCGAGCUUGGACUGAAAAAUGUCUCAUUUGCGCGGCAGGCUGUAGCACUAGCUGAUGGGAAAUCUAUUGCCGAUAUCAGCUGGGCAAAGAAAGUUAUCCCUACUAAUAAACUCCCUCCUGAAUUGGAGGGGGUGCAUGAUCCCUUCUUACCCUCACUUCACGAGUUAGAUAGGGGCCAGUCUCCUCUUGCUUUUGAAAACAGUAUGGGUAAAGGGGUACCAGCUAGUAAACGGGAAUUGAACAAGGAGUUAUUCACCCCGGAUGAUCGGCAGGAAGGAGAGGUAACAGAAGACACGUUUGUCGAUCGUGAUGAGCUGAUACCAGAGAGCAUGAGAGGGACUGCCACUGCUGUAUGGAACACUGUGAAAGACCUUCACCUUGAGUUGAUCCUUAUGUACCACAGAGUUUGCCUGAAGCUGGAACAGAUGGGGGCAGAUCCUGCUACAAACAUGCCAAAACCUUUCAAGCGUAGAACAUGCUCAAGAAUGCAGUUUGGCAGUGAUAGGUCGCUGAUAGAUACGUAUGUUGAGUCAAUGGAUGAGUUACUAGGCCGUGCCAACAAGAACAACAUAUCAAAAGCCUUGUUGUACAUGCAGAAAGCUUACCUCAGCUCCAAUGAUGGAAAGGCAACCAAGGAACAGAAAAAACUGCUGGAGAAUGCAGCAACCUGUAUCCAAAAAGCCCAGGUGGAGGAGAAGAGAACUUAUCUUGAAAACACAGGGAUAUGUGAGGAUAUUAUGGCGGAAGGGCGUGUCCCUCCACCUCCAAUAUUGCUGUCAAGGACAGACAACUCUAUGGUUUUCAAACCAGCACCGUGGAAACCUAGCACUGCAGAAAAGGUUGCAUGGUACAGGAUAUUUGCCAGGAAUGCCACAGGAAGCAAUGUGAAGGCACGGCUCAAUGAUUACUAUUUCCAAGGGACAGGGGAACAGAUCCCAUAUCAUCACACAGAGUUAAGAGUGUCAGGACUGAAAGCUAAUGAAAGAUAUGUUUUUGGUGUAGCAGCAUAUACUGUUGAUGGUAAACUGAUUGGGGAUAGCAUAGGGGAGAGCACUAGACCUAUCCUGGCCAACCACCCACUCCCAGUUCUCACCACAUGGGCGUUCCUGAGCCAGAUCUCAUACCAGAUUGGCUGUUACGAGAUUUCUAGACGAGCAUGUGAUGUUCUCUGGGAUCAUUUCAUUGCUGAAGCUCCACCUCCAGAAGGUAGAACGUACACAUCGUCUAAUGAGAGAGACUUCAAACUGACUUUGAUGAGGUUGAACCAGAAGAUUGUGUGUCUAUCCUCACCAGUGAACCUUCGUUUGUUCCUCACCAGUAUAUUUAUCAGUGUGGACAUCAAUGUACGAGAAGGGAAACUCUUUUGUGACUCUCUCACUGAUAAAGGACCAUUGUAUCGAGGACAGAUCAAGAGAUUAAAGGAGUGUGAGAAGAUGUUGGUUGCUAUAGAGCUGGCAGGUUGGCUCAAUGAAUCUAACCUAGCACUCCAGGCAGUCGUACAGUGUUAUGGUCUCGUAGCCCCACUCAUUUUCUACAAGAUCCCAUCUAUACCAGUAUUCCAGGUUUUGCAGAGAUGUCAUGCAGUGCUACAGGAGAUACCAGCAGGAUUACGGCAGAAACGUCCCACCUCCAUCGCCGACAGUCUGCAUCACAUGACAGCUUGUAUCACCUUCCAUAUGGCUAAAGUAUUGAGGAACUGGGGUCAGAAAUCUCUUGCUAACAACCUAAAUGAUGCUGGGCGCAAGCUUCUGGCUGUUGAAAGUGGAGAACCAGCCAAAGAUCAGUUAGAGAAGGGAUCCACACUGGAUACCAGUGCAGACAAUGAGGAGACAGCUGGUUCCAUCAAUCUACAGGCAUUGAAGAAUAAGUCAAGGCGAGGGAAGAGAGGAACAGUGAGUAUGACGAAGGACCAUGAGGCAGAUGGUCCCCUCAAUGAGGAACUCAAAGCCCUCGAGGCUCAUAUGCUGAGCAUAUCAAAACAAGCCCAGAGUGACCAUGAGUUGUCUGGUAAUGAGGACCCAAGUAUACUUCAUGCAUACAUUGCAUAUCUUCCUAGCAGGAUUGCAUAUAGGGAAGUUGCAAAAUUCAAGAAGAGAGCCCGCUACCUGGAGUUCUUUGUGCAGGUUGCCCAGAAAGCCCUGACUGAAGGUCUGCCGGAGAUUGCCCUAGAUUGGUGUGAAGACACUGAGACAUGGAUAGCAAGACGUAAUGAACAGAUUAUUGGUAUUCGUGCAUUCCUAACCAAGCAACCUGGUGGUACUAUGACCGUCACUGGUGAUGACCCGAAGAAGUUUGCGGCCGCUAUGGUGGAGUACAGUAAAGAAAAGGCACCAAGUAGACUUGGUAUGUCCCAGAGUAGAACAGGCAAGUCAGUGAGUCGGGCUGGCGUCCAGCAAACCAGCAGAGCAUCCAGUAAACUGGGUGUAAACCCCUCACAGACAAGGCGUGGGAGUACGAUAGGGAUUAAAGCUGGUGCAAAACUACCUAGUGGCAAAAUUCUCAUGAUCAGCGAGGAGGAGUUCAGCUCACCAAGGGCUCCACAAGGUGGCGCCAAAAUGGUCCAGAACAAAGGCCAGUCAGCCCCCAAAGCUAAAAGAAAGCAGAAAUACAAGGCCCUUCAUGUGAACCAGAAUAUGUCAGAUGCUGCCAGACAAGCCCAGGAAGAGGCUGAGGUCAAGGCUCUAGAGAAGGUAAGCCAGCAUUUACCAGACAUGUUCCGAGGUUGGCACAGGAAAAAAAGACUCAGGAAAAUCUGUACUGAUGAGAUGCCUUGGAAAUGUCAGUUGAACAUACUACAAGGGUUAGCCCAGUUCAAUGCUUUCUUACACAAGCUUGAGAAGAGAGAAAAGGUACUUGGAAACCAGGAUAGUAUUAUGUACAAGACCAAUUUCCUAGAUCAGGAAUGGUUUGUAUUUGAGACAGCUGGUACCCUGGUUGUUGGCUGGGAAGGUGGACCAUUGCAUCAUGCAAAUGUUACAGAGCCAGGAGACAGGCAAAACAUGAAGGAUGGUACGAAGCUUACAACUAUCACAGACAGAGAUAGGGAUGAUAGUGAACUGAGCUCCGAUGAUGAUUUACCUACUAUAUCAUCUAAAGCUAAGACAAAGACCACAGAGGCUCUUGAUCUAGCUGGGUAUGAGAGACCUAAAACUACAGCCACUGGUAUAGAAAUAGCUGCAGCUCUUGCAACAGGAGCACCUCCCCCACCAAUGUUCACAGAACCACCUAUAAUUGAGGACACUCCGAGAACAUACCGCUCAGACUUGAGUACAUCGAGACCACACGGUCAGAAAACACAGGAGCAACAACAAGAUAAAACUCUUCUCACUGCCGAGGAAACUCUGGACUUUAUCAGCAAAUCUUUUGACUAUUUCAGGAAAGCAAUUGUAUUAGCUCAUAGAGGACAAUACUGGACAUUGUUGCAGAACGCUGCCAGGGCAUUAUGGAACAGCGCUCACACCGCCUUACUGAGGGCAUACACACCAACACUAAGUGACCAGGACAAUGGCCUGCUUACCAUAGAUGAGAUUAGAUCUAAGGCCUGGAAACCUUUACAUGUAGCUGCUGACUGUCUGCUAGACAUGAUGACACAGUUACAACUAGAUCUACAAGCUCAAACAGCUAAGGCCAAAUCAAAGGGCAAGAAGCUUGGAGAGUAUUUUGAAUCCUGGACUGGUAGUGUCCUGAAUGAAGCUGGAGGUGCCAGUCUGAAAUUUGAGGAUCCAACAGACAACCAGUCUGUACUAGAUGUCAGGUUCAUUAGGAGAUUGGUUCUACGAGUGUUAGAGAUUCUUUACUAUGAAGAGAAAUGGGAAAAACUGGUGGACAUAGCUCUCAAAUUUAAUGCACUAACAAAUGAGCGUCAUGCAGAACAGGUGAUCCCACUGUUGGUUCAAGCACAGCGUAAACUUACCGAUGGCAUCCAGGAACUGGGUGGUAAACUUCCACCCCAGCCUCACUACCAACAACUCAUGUAUAGACUAAACUCUGUUGUCACUGCCAAGACAUACCUCACUCAACAGUUAGAGCUAGUUAUUGACAAGUCUAACCUGCCCCCAGUACCUGCAGGGGCAGGUAUCGACCCCCUUGGACAUGGUCUGUACACAAGUAAAGAUGCACUGAAGAAUGUUUCAGUACCACUAGAUGUGCCAUACAGUCUGUCAGUGUUGUAUGAUGCCUUUGACAAGUCUCAGUACACCUCAAGGGCCUUACAACAUAGCAGGAAACUCAUGGUGCUUUACCUAGCCAACCAACAAAAUAUGUCUGAGGCAGCACUGAGUAGACAGCCAUCACGUGUUGACUUUAUACCAAACACUGCCCGUCCCCAGCCUACAAUGCCUCCAGAUAUCAGUCGAGAGGAAUAUUUGGACCCGUCAGAUGUCCAGACAGCUCCAAUACAUAGAUCUCAGAUAGGGACAGUCAUCACAUCUUAUGAGAAAACAAUAGAGAUGUUACUAGCUAAGAAUGCACGAGAUCUGGCAGCCCAAGCGAUGCACGAAACGGGGAACCUACACUACCAUGUGGGUAACCUGCGAGCAGCAUACAAGUGGUGGUCUGAGGCCCUGGAACUUAUUCUGAAUGCUGAUGAUGUGUUACACACCUGGCGGGACCUCUUCAAAGAUGCAUCAGAUAUCAGUGCAGAACUUCUUCAGCGUUGUGGUAUCUGGGGAUGUGUACUGGCUGCAAUACUCACAUCUAAUGUUGCUCAGUUUAUUUUGACCUCAGACCUUGGGCUGAGAACAGAGUGUUGUUUCCUCUCUGGGUACUUGUUUAAGGCUAUAUUCAGGUCUUCCUUACCCCACCCACUUGCUGAUCGUGACUAUGCUAUGUAUGAGGUAGGGGAGGGAUGUGAGGUGACAAAUCUGAUUCCUGGUGUUGACCUGCUGUCAGAGAAGUAUAGAGCUGAUGGUAGACAGGUGCUAGCAGCACUGCGCUGGGUCAUUGAGGAAUUAGCCAGAGGUCACCAUAACCUCUUUGUUCUUCCCCUUAUGACCCUGAACCAAUACUUUGCCACCUUUGUGUGCAGAGACUUACAGAGAACAGUUGAUGGUAGGAUAUUGAAGUGUCGGGUCCUGUCAGACCUAGGUUUGUUCUCUGAGGCCCUGCAGGUCCUUCAGAGGCUCCUCCAUGGGGAGAGGCUGCCCCACACUGGGGACAGCAGCUUCAGACAAGUGGAGUCAAAGGUCAUACCCUUAAAGUUCAAUACCAGUAAACCUAUCACAGAACCUAGUAACCUAAAGGUAUUAGAGAAUGUACUAGACAAGAGACUGUCAUCUAACCUCGGUAUGCUGUAUGGACCUCAUAUGACCUGUCACCUGUCUCUCGUACAAGCCCAUCUGUUUGUCUGCCUAGCUCAAACACUGCCUGUCCUACCAAACAUUGAAGAUAUCAUUUUACCAGAAGGAGGUAGUGCUUGGAGGCAGCUGACUAUCAGUACAGUAUCAAGACCCGGUACUCUCGGCCUACAUGGUAUCAAAGCUGCUGAGACCCCAUCCAAACCUAGAAAGGUGGGCACCAGACCAUCUAAAACUGAUGACACAAUUGUAGAACUUGAUGAGGACAGAGAAAUAGACACUAUAACUGAAGCUUCAGAACAAACAGCAGAUAAACCAGACAAAAAGGAAGAUUUGUAUAAGGAUGAAGAAAAGGGAGAUAAUAAAUCUGAGAAUGCAAAGGAAGACAACUCUGUCGAUGACUUAGCUGAUGAGGAAAAGAGUGAUACAGCAGGAAGCAGUAAUGGAACAACACGAGAUGGAACCGAGCAGACAACUUUGAUCACAAAACGUUUCUCCGGAGCAAAGAAGCCAGUGAAUGUGGAGUUUAUCAAAGGGACAUUACUGGUGAUUGCCGAUCAGAUGGCAGGAACAAUCGCUGACGUUAUACAGGAGAAUGCUGAACUGGAUGGAGGAAAACUAGAUGAUCUUUCAGCUGCAGAGUUGGAACUGGUGGUGUUGUGUAAACUGGAACAAGCUGCCAUAGCCAGACAGAAACAUCAUGCUCCCAUGGCAGCUAGGAUUGUGCUGUCUUCACUCAAACUUCUACAGUCAUCACAUCUGUUCCGCAAGAAAAAACUCAUACCCCACCCACCAAGGGAGUCUCCAAAGUUUGAAAGAAGACCUUCUUCAUUGAAGAGUCAUGGAGACAAUAGCAGAAAGAAGCCUUCCUUCUUUAUCAAACUUAGUGAGCCAGAAAACAGCCAGUUUCAGUAUCAGAAUUUCCAGUCUCGGUCUCGGCUUGAUGCCCGGCUCUGGCUUGCAUGCAGGUCUUCCCUGGUUCAGAGCCUCAUGAUGGAGAUAAGAGGCAUGGGAGAUGUAAAAGGCAUUCCAAAAAUAAAAGAGAAAAUAGGAAGUGACAACAAAGUGCUCCAGGAGCUUGCAGACUGCCGCCAGUAUUGUGCUGAAGGUCUGGGUGAAGCAGAAGCUUGUGGUGAUAUAGAGAAGCAGUCUGAAUUUCUUAUGCAGGGAGCCAGUCUGAACAUUAUAGAAGGCAAAAACUUGGAACAUACAAUCUCACUUCUACAGGAUAGUAUAAAUACAUUUUCAAGAGUUCCUUGCCUCUCUAUUCCUGGUGCUCAGAUGAAAGCUACAGCUUUAGUGAUGAGGACAGACCUGGAGGCAAUAGAACAUACAGACGACAGUAUCAUCUUCACUGAGAGAACCAUGGAAAACUAUCUACAUGCUCAGGACAUUAUACUCAAACAGAUGGAAGAUUUGGGUGAGAAAAUUGAGCACUACUACCCAGAAGGCCGGCUCCAGUACUUCUCAACCCCACAUAGUCCAUUGAGGAAUAUAUAUCUCCCGCACUGUCUUAGGCUUGUACAGAUCAAACUGCGUGUUGGACAUGGUAUGGCUAGAAAUGUAGCAAAGAAUAUUAGAAAUUCAACUGUCAAGCAACCACGGUACAAUGUUGUGUUAAAAAGGUCUGAUAUAGAACCUGUUCCAAUGUGGUCAGAUGUCCUUGGUGUUCUCAUGACAGCCCUGGCAGUAUCCCAAGUGAGUGUGACGAGAGAGGCGUACCUGGAGGCAGAACUUCUCCUUAACAUUGGCAAAGUUCAGCGUAUGUUGGUGUAUUUGGGUAAAUAUCAACCCCGACAUGCUGCUCAGUCCUUGAUAGAUGCUAUCAAGAUAUCACACUCCACUGAUCACAAUCUGGGGUUAAUACGGCAGGCCUAUCUAGAGAUAGCUCUGAUAUAUAUGUACAGCAGUGGUAUUGCCACAAUGAAGGAAGGAUCGUCUAUAGAUAUAUACAGUGGUGCUGAAAGUGGCAGCGAGGACACCUCCAGUGAAACUUCCAAGAAAAAAUACUAUAGGAAGAGAUACAAACCAUCCAAAAAGCAGUCGAAAGAUAGUAUGAAUGAACAAGAGAAGGAACGACAUGCUGCCUGGCUGGCGAUACGUUCUGCUGCUGCUGUUGCCAACACACAGCGUAACAGGUUGCUGCUGAUAGGUGAUGUUAGCGUAACAUCACAGCAGCUGUCAGAGAAGGCUCAGCAGGAGAUGCCAGAUUUUGUUGCCCUUGACCUUGUUGGAGGUUACGUUCUUGGAGAGAAGAAGAAAGUCUAUAAGAAUGAGAUAGAGGAAGAGUUAGCUCCCUUGGUAGAAGCACAAGAAGUGAAGCAUGUUGAUACCUAUGAGGAACUGAUACAGAAAGCUAAAGAAGCAGCCAAUGAUCUGAGCUGGAUACAGUUCCUAGGUUAUCAGACAAUUCUUCAACGUCUGUGCAGUACGUCUACUAUAUCAGCAUCAAGUGGAAAGCAGGAGGAUCGUGUAAACCAGAACUCAUCUGGUGACCUUGGACCUGAGUUUGACCUUGGAUUCAUCAGUCAUGCUGAAAGUGACACAUCACUAAAUCAUGAUGUUGUGAGAUCCAUGCUAUUCUCUGGUACUUGGACAAUAAGGCUGAAUAGAAUGCACAGUUACUUGAGUGACAACCUAAAUGCAUAUGGAACAAAUUGCUGUGCUGUAUAUCCUCCUGCCGAUCUUCAACUUCCUCUUUCGUCUGAACCAGCCACGGAGCUCCAACUUGUAACCAGGUCAUACGAAACAAACCUGACACAUCCUUCAGACAUUGAGGCAGAAACACAGAUACAAAUUGAUAUAGAAAUACCAGCACCAGGUAUGCCUCCGCUCCCACCUGGUAGCUUGAAGAAUUCCACGAGACCUGCAGACAAGCCAAUUGUGUCAGCUACAGACAAUGAGGUCACUUUACAGUGGUAUCAACCUUCCCUUGAAGAAACUGACCCAGCCAGGCCCGAGGCUUCUGGUCCAGAAAGCAGGGUGUUACUGAUGUAUGCAUUAAAUAUGAAGAGUGCAAGCUCUACCAGUGCUUCUACAAAGAUAUCUUGGGUGCAGAUAUCACAGCUUAAUGACCUUCAUGACAGGUUGGCAGUUCUGAUGCAGAGGGCAGAAAUCUAUCUGCCAAGUGAGAAGGGGAAGAAGAAAGAUGUUGUUGCUACAGCCCCAACCCCUACCCCCAAAACAAAGAAAAACACACAGAGAAUCAAAGCCUUGUCACCAAAAGUCAAGAAAGAUGAAACUUUAGAAAAUUUAUUACGUCAAUGUAUAGAUGACAUAACAAACAUCCUAGGCUCUACAGCUGAACCCGAUACAUCCUCUUCAAUAACAGAGGUAUUUUUGUAUAAAUUUGUCAUUUCUUAUCAGAUUUUAAAAAAAAAACCUGUCUGGCAUGAAAACCAAUUCUGAAUACUUUUUUUCUGA